AUGCGACUUUUUCGGCACGGAAUUUUCGGCCUCUUUGCAUCGGCGAAAGCUGCCUACGUCCAGUGGCAACCAUGUGCUGGUGCCACAGAGGUUUUCCCUGAUGGGUUCCCAGGCUUUCUGGCCCAGUCUUUGAGCGCAGGGCUGUCACCCUCGCACGAUGGCUCUCGACCAGGAAAGAGCACAUCGAUGGAGUUUAAAAUCGGCGCGCAAAUUGGAGAGGCUCGAUGUGCUUCCUUUGUCGAAGGGCUCAAGCCGGUCAGAGUGGAUUUCCAAAUCCUCGGCCGCACCGAAAUAUUCGACGCGCAGGUUACGCGUGCGACCUGCGCCGCCGCCAGAAGCUCGUCUCGCGCGCCGCUCACGAUCGAAGCUAACGUGGAUAUUGAGGAGCUACCCUUACUCUCGACCUUUUACCUCACCUUGCACACGGAAAGUCAGGCCAGGAUGGACGGGCCCGCCGAUAAAGGCUGUCUCGCCGCCGCCAUCACCCCGGCCAUUACGCCCGACAUGGCAACCGGCCUCCGCUACGGCCAAACAGCCCUGUUCUUGUUCGUCUUCAUCGUCUCCAUCUUGCGGACAAUCUACGACACCGAACCUGCCACGUACUCCGACGACAACGACGACGACGAGGAAGAGGCUGCUGUUCCGUCCGCGGCCAGGCCUACGCGAGCCCUUCUCCCCGGCCUCGGCGAGUUGUUACACUACCUACAGUUCAUCUUCUUAUCCGCGAGCCUAAGCCUGCGAUACCCAGGUUUCUUCCAGCCCAUCGCGAGCUACCUAAACUGGUUCUCCCUCUUCAGCAGCGAGGGUCCUGUCGGCCACGCGAAGCGCUACACUAGCAUCAACGACGGCAUCUACGAGAGGAACGGGACCUACGGCGGCACGUUCGGCCUCGAGCUCAUGACGCAGAUUGUCGGGGCCCCCACACCAUGGAACAUCACCGGCUUAGUUGUCCUCGCCGGAGUAGUGAACCGCCGCCUGUACCUGUGGAACCCGGAGCCCAACGAAAAUGGCAUAAAGGAUGCCAAGUUCACCACCGGCCAGGUUUUCCGCGCCAUCUUCUCCUACUUCUCGAUACCUCUGGUCGCGCUCUCAACGUAUCAGUUCGACUACGCAACCCUACUCCCGGCGUAUCACACCGCCAUGGCCGCCACCCUCCUCGCGCUCAUCGCUCUAGCCUUUAUCUGGCUCCUACGCCAAAUCCCCGCCCGUAGCCUCGGCGCGCUUGUCUUCAACGCCCCGAAAUACAGCCCCUUACACAACCCCGCCGGCCAUAAACCCGGCCCCCAGACCUCAUUCGUUGUCAUCAUGUUUGUUCUCAAUUUUAUCCGCGGCAUCGCGAUCGGCGGCUUGCAAAUAUCUGGCGUUGCCCAGCUUACUAUUCUACUCGCGUGCGAAGUCGUGUUCGUGGCGUCCAUCUACAGUUUCAACACUCAUCGCUUAUUUUCCGCAUGUGUGGCUUGCACUAUUGCCAGGGCCGUCGUCAUAGCAGUGAUGACCGUGUAUCUACCCGGCGUGGCCUCCUCCUCAUUUGGUCAGGUCUAUAGCGUCCGCCAGCUCCGGCGGCGCGAAGCCUCCCGCGCGAACCUGUCCGCCCUCGUCACUAGCAGCAGCCUCGCGGCGCUGGGCGUAUCCGACGUCAACCUUCAACCUACUCUCCGGCCCGACACACCCAGCACUCUACGCCUGGACACCAGGUCCACGUCCUCGCGUUUCUAUCGCCCUCCGCGUUCUACCUUGCCCAGCACUCCAGUCGAUCUCCAGGACAAUAAGAUCGCUUCACCCCGGCCCUCAUCGUCAGUAGCCUUGCGUCCGUCUUACCACCUCCUCAUCAUCGCCGCCAAGCUCUCAUUCUUCUUGCUUACAAGAGGAUGGAAAUCCCACCGACUUUCGGCGUACUGGGCUAGGGCCGCGGUGGAACGACUACACUUUCCGCGAAUCCGAUCUUUACUACACGCAGCCCCCACGUCGAGGCACGCCAACAAAGGCUUCGCAAAGCACGGACGAUGCUAUUCCGGAAGUGCCAUCUUUGCCGAGUAG